CCGCCAACUUCGCGAUUAACUUAUAGCCGAAUUGACGCGAAUCGAACAAUGUUGCGCCGCACGCCGUAUGGCUUACUUGUUUGGAGAGAGUAUAGAAGUAAAAAUAACAUCAUGGCCACGCCGAAGGUAGAGCUUUGGCGGUAUAAUUUCGCGUAUAUAAAGAGAGUAACGACCAGCGAUGGAACUCGAGUUAUGGACAUGAGUUCUACAUGGCUUGAAUCACGACAAUAAUGACUCCAGAAAGCAAGGGACCGCAUGUCCUGAUUGUAGGUGCUGGCCUAGGUGGGCUCGCACUUGCUCAAUGCUUGCGAAAGCGAGGUAUCUCGUUUGAGAUUUUCGAGCGCGAUGCUGAUGAAAACUCCCGACCACAAGGAUGGGCGAUUGGCCUUCAUACAAUGCUUGAUGAGCUUCACAAUUCGAUACCAUCUGAUCUGCCAAAUCUUCACGGCAACGUGCAUCAUUUGUUGCCUCUGAAACUGAACUCCCAGAUCUGUGUUUACUUCCAAGGCAUCGAUAGCCGGGUUGGUGUGCAAGAUACUCCUGAGACACCAUGUUUGCGAGCGGACAGACCGAAGUUCAGACUAUGGCUGUCGACCAACAUUCCUAUUCAGUGGAACAAACGUCUAACUCAGAUCGAUGAGAGUGUUGACGGCAACGUCUCCUUAAAGUUCCAGGAUGGCAGCACAGCCAAUGGCGAUAUCCUGAUUGGGGCAGAUGGAGUGCAAAGCUUUGUUCGAGAAAAUCUGAUACAACGACCCAACAAUGAGUUUUUGCGCGUCGUUCCUACUGCGACGAUCAUCGGCGAGCUUAAGUUGUCGGGAGCUGCGUUCGAACGACAGCUCAGUCUGGGACACAGCUCAUGGAUUGCCGUGGCAUCGGAUUGGAAACAUCGGUUGUUUACUGGUUUGCAACAUGUAUCUUCUGAUGGAAAGAGUGGUGACUACUAUUGGUUCUACACGGAACAUGAUGACAGCGUUGACCGGCCAGAUCAUUGGAUGCGACUUGCCUCGCUUGGAGAGAAGUUGGCAUAUGUGAGACGAAGAAUAAGCUCAUUCGACCCCGAACUUCGCGAAGUCGUGGAAGCGACAUCUGCCGACAACAUCAAAGAUACUCACUUCUUGUGGCGGGACGCUGAGCUUCCGAGCCUCCCUUUGGGAAGGGUUGCGCUUCUUGGCGAUGCGGCCCAUCCCAUGACGCCGUUUCGCGGCGAAGGUGGAGUCCAUGCUAUUCGAGACGCGCUUUUGCUGGCCAAACAUCUAAGCCACGUCAAUAUCCACGACUCACAGGGCUUGUUCCAGACGAUUGGCGAAUACCAUGCAGAAGUGCUUGAGCGAGGCGUGCAAGCUGUUCGGGCCUCGAGGGGUGCAUUCCACGGUCAUGGCCAAGGUAAGCCCAGCAUAGUCGGUUGGGGCCAUACUGCAGUCCCAAUCCCGGAGGAGAACGUUUCCCUAUCAGCUGUGUGCUAGAUCCGUCCGUACAUAUGCGCCUCUCGGUGUAUCUAGCAUCUUCCUGUGUGAAAUGGGAUAUUGUGGUCACCAUGACUUGAUCUCGCUGUGUGCUGAUCAUCAUCAUCUGGGAAUAGAAUUACACUUCUCGCUUCCAA